CUCAGUUCCUCUAAUGGAGUUUAUGAACUCGGGUUCUUCAGUCCUAAUAACUCGCAGAAUCAAUAUGUCGGAAUCUGGUACAAGGGUAUCAUUCCCCGGGUGGUUGUGUGGGUGGCCAAUAGAGAAAAGCCUGUUACAGACUCCACGGCAAAUCUAGCUAUCAACAGCAAUGGAACUCUUCUAUUAUUUAAUGGCAAGCAUGGCGUUGUCUGGUCCAUUGGAGAAACUUCCGCAUCAAACGGGUCUCGUGCAGAGCUUUUAGACACUGGAAAUCUUAUUGUCAUGGAACAUGUGUCCGGAAGAACUGUAUGGGAAAGCUUGGCGCAUCUUAGUGAUACUAUGCUCCCUUUGUCGUCCAUGACGUAUAAUCUCGCCACGGGUGAGAAGCGAGUGUUGACUUCUUGGAAAAGUUACACUGAUCCAUCGCCUGGUGACUUUGUGCUUGAGAUUACACCACAGGUGCCAUCACAGGUGUAUACGAUGAGAGGCUCAACUCGUUAUUGGAGAAGCGGUCCAUGGACUAAAACAAGGUACGCGGGGAUACCAGCAAUGGAUGUGACAUAUGCAAGUCCAUUCAGCUUCCAGCAGGAUGCAAACGGGUCAGGAUCUUUCACUUAUAUUGAAACAAGACUUCGUUCACGUAUAAUCCUAACAUCAGAUGGCUCAGUGAGGAUUUAUUGGCAUAGUGGGAGUGACUGGAUAUUAAAAUAUGAUGCUCUACUCACUUCAUGCGAUAUUUAUGGUGAAUGUGGACCAUUUGGAUUGUGUGUACCACCAAAGUGCAAAUGCUUAAAAGGGUUUGUACCAAAAUAUACUGAGGAGUGGCAAAGAGGAAACUGGACCGGUGGUUGUGUGAGACGUACCGAACUACAUUGUCAAGGAAGCUCUACUGGCAAGGAUGUAAACGUCUUCCAUCCUAUUGCCAAUACAAAGCCUCCAGAUAGUUACGAACUUGCAAGCUCAGCAACUCCCAUCUUGUUCACUGAAGAUUGUCACCAAUUUUGCCUCCACAAUUGUUCUUGCUUGGCCUUUUCUUUUAUUAAUGGUAUAGGGUGCUUGGUGUGGAGUCACGAGCUAAUAGACGUGGUGAAAUUUUCUGCGGGAGGAGAGCUUCUGUCCAUUCGUCUUGCACGUUCUGAACUAGGUGGAUACAAUCGCAAGAGUAUUGUUGCUGCUAGUGUUGCAAGCCUUUUUCUUUUUAUUGUAUUGGGUUCUUCUGCGUUUGGUUUCUGGAGAUACAGAGUGAAACAUAAAGCUAAUAAAUCAAAUAAUGCUUCACAAUAUGCAUGGAGAAAUGAUCUGGAACCACAAGAUGUCGAAGGUUUAAAUUUCUUUGAGAUGAAUACCAUAGAAACUGCCACCAAUAAUUUCAGUCUAUCAAACAAACUCGGACAAGGUGGAUUUGGUUCAGUUUACAAGGGAAAACUGCAAGAUGGGACAGAAAUUGCUGUGAAACGGCUUUCUAGCAGCUCGGGGCAGGGCAAAGAAGAGUUUAUGAAUGAAAUAGUACUCAUCUCAAAACUACAACACAAAAACUUAGUUCGGAUUUUAGGAUGUUGCAUUGAAGGAGAAGAGAGCCUAUUAAUUUAUGAGUUCUUGUUGAACAAAAGCCUUGAUACUUUUCUCUUUGGUGGGUCUAUUCUUGUCUCAGUACUUUCCUAUCAGUUGUUUUUCUCUCUGUGCAUAACACUUUGUCUGAUAUUUUUAACACUGUAUCAUUGCUUAGAUUCAAGAAAAAGGCUUGAGAUUGACUGGCUAAAGAGAUUCAAUAUUAUCCAAGGUAUUGCCCGCGGACUUCUCUAUCUCCACCGUGACUCACGCCUCAAGGUCAUUCACCGAGACCUGAAGGUGAGCAACAUCCUUCUAGAUGAGAAAAUGAACCCAAAAAUAUCAGAUUUUGGAUUGGCUCGGAUGUAUCAGGGAACCGAGUAUCAGGAAAACACUCGCAGAGUUGUAGGAACCCUAGGAUAUAUGGCUCCUGAGUAUGCAUGGAGUGGGAUGUUCUCUGAGAAGUCAGACAUCUACAGCUUCGGAGUGCUGCUAUUGGAAAUCAUCAGUGGAGAAAAGAUCUCAAGAUUCUGCCAUGGAGAAGAAGGAAAAACUCUUAUUGCUUAUGCGUGGGAAUCUUGGUGUGAAACCGGAGGAGUUGAUCUUUUGGAUAAAGAUGUUGCUGAAUCAUGUCAGCCAUUAGAAGUUGAGAGAUGUGUUCAGAUUGGUUUGCUUUGUGUUCAGCACCAACCUUCAGACAGACCCAACACACUUGAGUUGCUCUCCAUGCUCACCACAACAUCAGAUCUUCCAUCACCAAAAGAACCCACAUUUGUAAUUCAUGCUCGAGAAGAAGAAUCCCUAUCUAAAGGUUUGAUCACUGAUAAUGAGAUAUCACAAACUGUGAUCCUUGGACGUUAAGAACGGAAUGUGUGAUCCAAUUUUAUGGAAUUCAAAGUGAGCAGAUUUUUUUUCCAAAACUGGGGAUAAUUUGAAACAUGAGCUUCCUUAAACACAAUUAACCCAUGCACGGUUUCAUAGAUAAGUUUUUGAAUUUUUUUUUUGUGUGAUAAAAAAAAUUAAUUAAAAGAGAACCAAUAGCGGGCCGCCACGUAUCGGUGGGGAAGUCUUCGUCAAGCUUGGAUUCCACUUGAUAUGGAAGAAGACUUCAUCAGAAGACUUUCAGGAAGUCCAGACGACUUCCAGAAAGUCGUCUGGAAGACUUCCUGGAAGUCGUCUAGCGCAUUAUAUUUUAGUCGUCCCAAAAGUCUUUAAGAUCUGAAAACAUGCAUAUCAAAUCCAGAUAUGAAAAACCUGCAUAUAAAAAAACGUUCAAAUGGUUUAAAAACAGAAAAAAUGAGUGGAAGAUUAAAUAAAUCUACCUUUAUAGAUCACACAAAAAUACAUAUCUAAAAUUAAUAGAUGUACCUUUAAAUGGGUGGAAGAUGAGAACCAUCUGAUUAAAAACCUGCAAAAAAAAAAG